AUGGAAAAUACAAUAUGUUUCAUGAUCCUAGUUGUUGCUUUGUUGCCAGAUAUUCAAGCAACCUCAAUGGUCUCCAUAUCAUCAUUUAUCACGACUGGUGGUACUUACAUAUUUAGAUGUAAGGCUGAUGGUAAUCUGGCCACUAUUAAUUUCUAUAGAAGUGAUGACCUAAGCCCAGUCUGUUCUAUUACCUCUGAUGGUUCUGGUUGCAAAGAAAAGACCCAGUCAACCAAAUACAAGUGUGGUUGCAUAAGAUCGUCAAUAGCUAAAACGUCUCUUACAGUUUCCGACACAAAUCAGAAGAUGAAGCAUGCUCCGUAUAUAAGGGAGAGGGUAAGAAUAAAUUUCAAUAAAUUUCAAGAAAACAAAGGUUUAGGGGGGAAAAAAGGAGAUUUUGUUGCAGAAUCAAAAACAUUCACACACUUUACAAUUGGUAUGAUACUGAACGACUGGUCAACAUGUCAACUAUAUCUAGAAAAAUAA